AUGGACUCGUUUGAGGCUAGGUUACAGUUUAUAUCUGUGAUUAAAAACUUACAAAAGACACUGAAUACUCUAAGCUCAAAUACCAAUGAUAGCACAAACUCUAAGUCGCCCAACCUUGGUACAACCAUUGCAAAUGAUCCUGUACAGUUUUAUUUGAAAAACUACCGACAGCACUACGAAGAUUUUCACCAGUGCCUUUUUGAUACAGCAAGUAAAAUGGAUUCUUUAGACAGACUAAAUGUUUUGCUUUACUAUUCGAAGAUCAUUAGUAUAUUGAAAUCUCAGAAUUCGGAGUUCAACAAGAAAGUGUUAGACCUACAUAUUCUGCCCUCACUGGAUAGGAUGUUACUGCUUACUUUACCUUCUAAGGAUUGGAAAUCACUCACAAACCUCGAGUUUUGCAUUGACAUUUUCAAAUCUUUAAAUUCACUUUAUGACAAUAUGGUCGAAUGGGAUGAUUCGAUUAACUUUGAAAAAUCUUGUCCCAUUGAAGAGGUCUCUUGGUAUACACCAGAGGUUCCGGGAAUGAGUCCACAAGAAGCUUUUACCAAUUCGUCUUGUAUACUAAAGGAUAGACGUGCUAAACAGCAUUAUCUUUAUGACUACUAUAAGAGGAAUGGGUUGUGUAACGUACCUUCUUCGAGCUCGACAUCAACAAUAAUACAUCGAAUGGAGAAUGAUAGAGAAAAACACAAGAGGAGAAAGGAGAGCAGCUGGGUUCUUACAAGGCCAAGUAACAGUCUUUUGGAUCCGCACGAAUUUCAAACGCUUUGGAACUUAGAGUCUUGUAAUGGACUAACGAAGGAUGACUAUAAAAAUAUCAAAGAUCUCAAUACAAUAGCUCAACAGAGCUACUUAGUAUAA